CAAAGAAAGUUUGUUUGUGUGCAUUUAAGAUGUGUCUCCUGAACACACAGCACCUUUGGGUUAUGUUUGUGUAAGAGUUCUUUAACGUCAUCGAGGUUGUGGAUAAGACCUCUAACGUUCCAGUGUAUUAUUUGUGUAGCCAUAUUGUUCGUGUUUUUAUGCUGUGUGUCAAGAGGAGUGAAGUUAAAGAAAUGACUUACGGAGCCUUUUGAGGCCCCGUGAUUAUGGUACGGGUUUUGUCUUUUUUGGAGCUGUCGCGAGACUUCCGCCGCUCCCGAGGCGCUAGAUGCGCCUUCUGGCUCGGGGUUGUGUCCAUCGACUCUUGGGAGCCGCUGGACUUCCGCUCACACGAGCGGGGUGUUUUCACCGCAGGCCUUGCCUCGAAAAGCAGGGCCUUGGAGGCCACCAACCCAGAGGUCGAUGGGCCCUCCUUCAGGGACGGCGCAGCAGCCCUGGCUGCUGACGCCAGGGGGGCUGGUGGCAAGGCCGCAACCACAGUCGUGGGCUGGGCCGGAGCCGGAGUCUGCUGCGACGUUGCCCCCUUGCGCGCCGCACCAGCAUACCCUGAGGCUCGAGAGUAUGCUGCGUGUCCACCGUCACAGUUGGGACAGUGGAGUGUGCCAUUACAGUUGUUGGAUUCGUGUUCGUGUUCGCCACACUUUGCACACACUCUACCUGUAUGCCAUGUAAACGGCGGCUGGAAGCUUCGCAAAUGGAUCGAGCCCACCUUCACCACAAUAAACAGAUUUGUGAAUGGAACUAAGUUAUUUGAUUGA